AUGGGGCUCCUCGAAGACUCACCAGUUGAGCCAGAAACGCCUCCUCCGAGCUGGUCUCCUGCAAAGUAUGAUAUCUGGAAGAAGCCGUCAAGAUGGCAGAUUUGCAUGCCCCGGCUGCGCACCGCGGCCAAGGUCGUCUGCACCUUUGUCGCCUUCAUCAUCGUAAUCAAGGUUAUGAAUGCAGCACCUCCACCUGCACCAUCGCAGCUAGACCCGGUUCCAGAAGUGGUAGCAGUCGAUGAGAUCACGGAGCCUCCUCCGCCUCCACCGCUAAAUGAGGAGGAAAUGAUGGACAUCACAAUGCAGAAUGCAAAGAAAGAGCAGUGGAUCUGGAAGGACUUCACCACGCAUGACGGUUUGACGCGUGGAACUUCACAUCUGCGUGCCUGUGAGACCGGGGAAGUUGACUGCAAGAACAAGAAUCCCCACCUCAUUCGCUACGACGGGUAUCGAAACUUCCAUGAACCUUUGGAUCAUCUCGUCUCCUGUGUCGGUCCGCGUGGUCUGCCGUUGAAUGAAAGCAAUGAAGAUGCAAUCUGGGCCUAUCCUGGUCAAGCUAACGGCGCUGUCGAACCUACUCUUGGAUCCUACGAAGCUUCCGGCCUGGACGGUACUGUAUCGUUCGACCGCGUUGGUCGCUUUCAAGCCUACGGAAUCGACCAAUGGGACGCUAAUGAUGUCGAGGAGAUGAAGACCAUGAGCGAUAUCGACUGGGAUGUGGUCGAUUGGGGCGAACUGCAAGACGAAUGUGUUGUUGCCAAUAAACAGCGCUUCCGUACCGUUAAGGAACGACCUGCAAACUCGAUCCAGUAUUCGAACCUCCGGCACAAGCACGAUCAGGCAUCAUCCAAAGCACUCUCCUCGACCUUGGAACCCGGUAUGGUCAAUAAAGCAAAGCGAACUGCGAUUCUCAUUCGUGUCUGGACUGGCGCGAAAUGGACAGCCGACGCAGUUAUGAACAUUCGUGCGAUGAUCGCAGAGGCAUCCUUGGCCAGUGGAGGGAAAUACCAAGUAUUCCUGCUCCUGCAUGUUAAAGAUGAAAGCGUUCCGCUCUUUGUCGGCGAAGAUGAACCCCAGGCCACCAUCAACAAGUACAUUCCGCCAGAAUUCCGCUCCAUCACAGAAGUGUGGAACCAUGCGCAGAUUCGAAGCCUGUAUUCCAACCUGGCUGAGCAUGCCUUUGUCGGACGCUCGCCGUGGAUGAUCAUCCAGUGGUUUGCACGCAACCACCCCGAAUUCGACUUUUUCUACCAGUGGGAAUUCGAUGUUCGCUACACCGGCCACUACCUCGAUUUCUUUGAAGCCGUCGAGAACUUCGGACGGGAGCAACCACGGAGAGGCAUCUGGGAGCGAGCAGGCCGAGUGUAUAUACCAUCAGUCCACGGUGAUUUCGACACCGACUUUCGCAAUUCCACCAGAGAGGAGGAUCCUCACCAUGUUUGGGGCCCAGUCUCCGUUGAAGGAGUCAGACCUCGUGGUCCAAAGGCACCCAAAGAGGAGGAAGACGACUAUGAGUGGGGAGUAGGUGAAGACGCGGAUUGGAUCGGAUUUCUCCCUAGCUUCAAUGUGACAGGCACCGGCUGGUGGUUCCGCAACUACCUCUGGGGUUACGCUCAAGGAUCAUCGACCCCGAGACGAGCCACUCUCAUCGCCCAAGGCCGAGUUAGUCGACGAGUUCUGGACAUCAUGAAUUAUGAGAACGCCGAGAACGGACACCACAUCGAUGCAGAGAUGUUCCCUCAGACAAUGUGUCUCCAUCACGGGCUCAAAUCCACCACAUUCCCUCACCCCAUCUUCGCUGACCGGCACUGGCCGGCCGACGCCUUGCAGUCUACAUUCAAUGGCGGACCGUUUGGACAGGCUGGUGGUUACUGGAACAGCACCUUCAGCAAAUGGAACGAAUACGCCUGGACUAACAUGACCUGGUAUUACAGCUCCGCCCAGGCCAUGCCCAUCUACCAACGAUUACUAGGCAUCACUGCUCUUGAAAGUGGUGGACAGGAGUGGGAGGAUGUCUACGGCAGGACCGUCGUCCGCCCGAUGCUGCUUCAUCCUGUCAAGGGUGCGAAGACAUGGCAAUGGACCGGCCAGGAUGGAUGGCUGCAGUCCAAGGGACGACGGUGA